AUUGGAAAGUUCGUGGUCGGAGUGUUUAUCUUUAAAGCGGACGGACGAAAAACGGACUGUAGUUAUUCGAUGCAAUGAUUAGCAACGGUCGAACCUCGAGUGCAUAGCAGCUUCCGUCGGGGCACCGCGAACACGGUCGCUGCCUAGCACUCUGUGCAAGUAAACAAAGGAUUUCUCUGCUCGAUUGCCUCGACUGCCCCCAGAUCACCAUCAUCUCGCCAUCAUCGCUGUGAAAAGUGCAUUCUAGUCGCUAGCUGCAGCCCACGUCCUCAUACGGGCAUUCGAUUGAAGGACAACGACUCGACGAAAAUGCCACCGUACCGAUACCCCACCAACAACUUCACCUACGUCAGUUCUUGCGUGAAGUAUAUGAUAUUUCUGCUGAACUUCAUCUUCUGGCUUUUCGGUGGGCUACUGAUCGGCAUUGGUUUCUACGCUUUUGUGGAUAAAUGGCAGGCUACCGGGUUGAUCAAACUCGAGACGUUCUACGACAUCGUGCUGAACCUUUCGCUGGUGAUGAUAAUUGCGGGAGGCAUCGUGUUCGUGGUCAGUCUAGCCGGAUGUCUCGGUGCGCUGCGGGAAAAUACCUGCCUGUUGAAGUUCUACUCGCUCUGUUUGCUGAUAUUUUUCCUGUGCGAAAUGGCUAUCGCCAUCACGGCGUUCGUAUUUCCGCACAAGGUAAACAGCGUCCUGGAGGAGUCGUUUACGGACAAAAUCAUCACCACUUACCGCGACGAUCCGGAUCUGCAGAAUCUCAUCGAUUUCGCGCAGCAAGAAUUCCACUGCUGCGGGCUCAGCAACGAGGGCUACUUGGAUUGGGGCAAGAACGAGUACUUUAACUGCUCCUCGCCGAGUGUGGAGAAAUGCGGCGUACCGUACUCCUGCUGCAUCAAUGCCACCGAUAUAAGCUCCGGGCUGGUGAACAUUAUGUGCGGUUACCACAUCCAACAGCAGUCGGUGGCGGCGGCAAGCAAGAAAAUCUGGACUAACGGGUGCAUCGAGAUCGUUCGCGUAUGGGCUGAGCGCAACUUGUACGUGAUUGCGGGCAUUGCGCUCGGGGCCGCCAUCAGCCAGCUGUUCAUUAUCUAUCUAGCCAAAACGCUCGAAGGACAGAUCGAUCUGCAGAAGAGUAGCUGGUCAUAGUGAAUUUACAUCGGGUGGGGAGGCGGCGUUGGCCGACCAGUAUGAUCCGUCGCUCGGACACACGGAUCGCGAGACCCGCAACAACAUAAUUAACCAACGCAAGGAGUAGAAGAACAACAGUGGAGCAUUUGCGAUCCAAAAGAGCUAUGCGAGAGGGAGAGAGAGAUUAAAAUACGCGAAGGAAAAACAGAGCCACACGCUACAAUGGAACUGUCCGCCAACA